GAGCUGGAGAAGUGGGAUGUGUCGGUGAACUUCCUGGUGGUGCAGCGCUGAGCCGCCCCGGUGAGAGAGGAGGACGGUGGACAUGACCACACCGCUCCCAGAGGAGAUUUAAAAACCUUCCAUAGUUUUCCCGCACGAGCACCGGGGACGCACAGCUCGAGCGGCCGUGUCCGUGCCGGUGGAGGCGGUGCGGUGCUCCCGAGGAAGCGGCGUGUGGAGGGGAAGCCUCGGCGGUGACAGGCGGUCACAGCCCGCGGUGGGAGCGCUGCUUGUGGGAGGGUCCGGAGGGAGAAACCCCGCAGGACUCACACACACACACAGACACACACUCAGCGGUGCCCUCCUCUCUCAGACACACACACACACACCGGGGGAGUGGACUCACACACACCGACACACGAACCUCCGCUCCGCUGUGUGGACGACACGAGCCCAGCGACAGAGAGAGCCCGUGUGACCUCGGCCUGUUUUUAAGGUGGUGGCUAGUGACGGGGUACGGGCUAUGAUGGAGUCGGCCCUGACAGCCAGAGACCGGGUGGGGGUGCAGGACUUUGUCCUGCUGGAGAACUACACCAGCGAGGCCGCCUUCAUAGAGAACCUGCGCAAGCGCUUCAAAGAGAACCUCAUCUAUACUUACAUUGGUUCAGUGUUGGUGUCUGUUAACCCGUACAAAGACCUGGAGAUCUACACCAAGAACCACAUGGAGCGAUACCGUGGAGUCAACUUCUACGAGGUCUCACCACAUAUCUAUGCAGUGGCUGACAACUCGUAUCGCUCCAUGAGAACGGAGAGGAAGGACCAGUGCAUCCUGAUCUCCGGGGAGAGCGGAGCUGGGAAGACGGAGGCGUCCAAGAAGAUCUUGCAGUACUACGCGGUCACCUGUCCGGCCAGCGAUCAGGUGCAGACCAUCAAAGACCGGCUGCUGCAGUCCAACCCUGUGCUGGAGGCCUUCGGCAACGCCAAGACGUUGCGUAACGACAACUCAAGCCGCUUUGGCAAGUACAUGGACAUUCAGUUUGAUUUCAAGGGUGCCCCCAUGGGAGGUCACAUCAUCAACUACCUGCUGGAGAAGUCCCGCGUGGUCCACCAGAACCAUGGGGAGAGAAACUUCCACAUUUUCUAUCAGCUGAUUGAGGGAGGAGAGGAGGACCUGCUGAGACGCCUGGGCCUGGAGAGAAACCCUCAGCAGUACCAGUACCUCGUCAAAGGCAACUGUCCCAAAGUGAGCUCCAUCAAUGAUCGCAGUGAUUGGAAGGUGGUGAGGAAAGCCUUGGGUGUGAUUGGCUUCAACGAGGACGAUGUGGAGGAGUUGUUGAACAUAAUCGCCAGCGUGCUGCACGUGGGAAAUGUGCAGUACGGCGGGGAGGAGGGCAAUGCCUGCAUCACCUCUGACACACAGAUAAAGUACCUGGCCAGGUUGUUAGGAGUGAAUGGGGCUGUGCUGACAGAGGCGCUCACGCACAAGAAGAUAAUUGCCAAGGGAGAGGAGCUGAUGAGCCCGCUGAACCUGGAGCAGGCAUCAUCAGCUCGGGAUGCUUUGGCCAAGGCAGUGUAUGGACGCACCUUCACCUGGCUGGUUAACAAGAUCAAUGCCUCACUGGCGUACACGGAUGACUCCUAUAAGAAUUACUCUGUCAUCGGUCUACUGGACAUCUACGGCUUUGAGGUCUUCCAGCACAACAGCUUCGAGCAGUUCUGCAUCAACUACUGCAACGAGAAACUGCAGCAGCUCUUCAUCGAGCUCACCCUCAAGUCAGAGCAGGAGGAGUACGAGGCCGAAGGCAUCACGUGGGAGCCGGUGCAAUACUUCAACAACAAGAUCAUCUGUGACCUGGUGGAGGAGAAAUUCAAAGGCAUCAUCUCCAUUCUGGAUGAGGAGUGUCUGAGGCCCGGAGACGCCAGUGACGUCACGUUCCUGGAGAAGCUGGAGGACACUGUGGGAGGACAUGCACACUUUGUCACUCACAAGCUGGCUGAUGCGAAGACCAGGAAGGCGAUGGGUCGUGAUGAAUUCAGACUGCUGCAUUACGCUGGAGAAGUCAACUACAACGUCAAUGGAUUUUUGGACAAGAACAACGACCUGCUCUUCAGGAACUUGAAAGAGGUCAUGUGUAUGUCAGAGAACAAGAUCCUCAACCAGUGUUUCGACAGGGAGGAGCUGAGUGACAAGAAACGUCCUGAUACAGCAGCCACCCAGUUCAAAGCCAGUCUGGCGAAACUCAUGGAGAUCCUCAUGUCCAAGGAGCCGUCGUACGUCCGCUGCAUCAAGCCCAAUGACUCCAAGCAAGCAGCUCGAUUUGAUGAGGUGCUGAUCCGUCACCAGGUCAAGUACCUGGGACUGAUGGAGAAUCUGAGGGUGAGGAGAGCCGGCUUCGCUUACAGACGCCGCUACGAGGUCUUCCUACAGAGGUAUAAGUCCCUGUGUCCAGACACGUGGCCUAACUGGCAGGGCAAGCAGGCCGAUGGAGUGGCCACACUGGUCAAACACCUGGGAUACAAGCCGGAGGAAUACAAACUGGGAAGAUCCAAAAUCUUCAUCCGUUUCCCAAAGACCUUGUUUUCCACCGAGGAUGCGCUAGAGACCAGGAAACACAGUAUUGCCACCAAGCUACAGGCGGGAUGGAGAGGCUACAGUCAGAAGUCCAAAUACCAGAAGCUCAGAACCGCAGCUAUUGCCAUUCAGGCAUGGUGGAGGGGGAUCCUGGCCAGGAGGAGGGCCCAGCGCAGGCGUCAGGCUGCUGACACCAUCCGCAGGUUCAUCAAGGGCUUCAUAUACCGCCACAAGGAGCGCUGUCCAGAGAACGAGUAUUUCCUGGAUUACGUCCGCUACUCGUUCCUCAUGAAGCUGCACAGGAACCUGCCCAAGAACGUCCUGGACAAGAGCUGGCCAGCACCUCCAGCUGCUCUCACUGAGGCAUCAGAGCAUUUGCGUAAGCUGUGCAUGCAGAACAUGGUGUGGAGCUACUGCAAGAAGAUCAGUCCUGAGUGGAAACACCAGUUGGAGCAGAAGAUGAUCGCCAGCGAGAUCUUUAAGGACAAGAAGGACAACUACCCACAGAGCGUGCCCAAACUGUUUGUCAGCACAAGACUCAAUGGAGAGGACAUCAACCCCAAGGUGCUGCAGGCUCUGGGCAGUGAGAAGAUGAAGUAUGCAGUGCCAGUCACCAAGUACGACAGGAAAGGCUACAAAGCUCGACCCCGCCAGCUGCUCCUCACCGGCAGCAGCGCCGUGAUCAUAGAGGAAGCCAAACUCAAGCAGCGCAUCGACUACGGAGCUCUGAAAGGGAUCUCAGUCAGCUCUCUCAGCGACGGCUUGUUUGUUCUGCACGUGCCCAGUGACGACAACAAACAGAAGGGAGACGUAGUUCUGCAGAGUGACCACGUAAUUGAGACCUUGACCAAGAUUGCAAUCUGUGCCGACAAAAUCCACAGCAUCAACAUCAACCAGGGCAGUAUAAAGUUUACAUUGGCUCAGGGGAAAGAAGGGAUCAUAGACUUCACACCUGGAUCAGAACUACUGGUGGCCAAGGCCAAGAAUGGACACUUGUCUGUGACGGCUCCCAGACUCAACUCUAGAUGAUGGCCACUCUAAACUAACACCCACAGACACACACACACACCCAUACUAUACUCCAAUCACACGACUGCAGACCCCGCUCUGCGUAAGCCAAUCAAAUGCCAGCUGUCUCUGCAUAGUCGGCAUGUGCUUCCAAUUAAAAAAAAAAAAAAAAUCCAGCAAAACUAAUUGAUAUAUUUAUGUUUAUAUAUUAUAUUUUUGGGAUUAAUACUGUUGCUGUUUGAAUAUUCUGAUUUUAUAUAUGAGGCCAAGGAAUAACAAUAUUUUGGUGCAUUUUUCUUGCACCAUGUGUGUUUAUUGUGAUUUAUUUGGGAACAUGACCAAGAGAACGAUGAGGGAAGAGUCCGAGUUUGAGACAACAAUGAGAAGUCGAUUGUUGUCGAUGAAAAUCAGGGUUGGAUGUUGCUUGUUGCCUCUUGUUUUUCCUUUUAUUUUUUCUGUUUACUUUUCCUGCUUGACUAGAAGACUUGAUCGUCUUGCUGACCCUUCUUUUCUUACUGGGGAAAAUGACUUCUUAUUGAGGCAUGACGGUGUGUAAGAGCCCAGCUGACAGUUUGUAGGAAAUCUGUGGAGAGCUUCAGGGACGAGGAGGAUUUAAAUCAAAAGGCCAGUAGUGUCAGACUCAAUCAAAACGAAUAGUUGGAUUUACUACUGAAUAGAUUUUAAACAUCUGUAUUUGUAAAGUAGGAAGCUGGAACGAUUCAAAUCAUGAAAAAAAAAUAAAUAAAUCAGCAUUGCAGUGACAACGCUGCAGAAACGAACAAAGCAAGUGAAGAAGUGUGAGUGGAAUGUGAGAAGACAGAAUGCAGCCGUGGUUUGCUUCAUCACCAGGUGCUCGCACCUUUCUCCUUCACCGAUGUGUCGCUAACGAGUUCGCUCAAGAGCUGAACAUUAAUGUACGAAAAAAGAAUGACACUCUUUGCCACAGGAGUGAGUGGAGCUGAGGGUGGAGAGAGAAAGUCCUCUGACUGGAGGCUGUCAGCCUCUUACUUUAGUUUCCUCCUCCGUGUGUCUGGACCUGACCUGUGCUCAGCUUCCGCGUCUCUAUGACGACCGUUGUCAUGGCUACCUCUGACUUGGCUCUGACCAAAGUUAUUAAAUUUCACCAAAGGCCGUCAUUUCUUUAGUCGUCGGAGAGCAUCCCUCUUUUUCUUCUUCUUCUGUUGUUUUUACAAUUGUUUGCCUGUGAUAGCUCGUCGAGAUCCAUAACGUGAGACUAAAAUUAGUUUGAAGUCAUAUUAAAUCUGGAAUUAGCAAAAAAAAAAUGCUAGCAAAGGCCAAAAUCUAUAUGUUUAUUUAGGUUGAAGCUGCUAACAGCUGCGUGCGUAGAUAUUCCACAUCUUUAAAUGUGAACUUUUUAAAAAAGGAAUGGUUUCAAAUUUUGGUUAAGACACUUGUUGAUUUUCUUUUUUGGAGAUUUUUCCAGUGGAUUGUUAUCACUCUCGUGUCUGUGCAAGUAUAAAGAUCCAAGCAGGAGAUUGCUAGCUCGCCUUAGCAUUAGAGGACGUCGCUUCGGCGUUAGGAGCUAGCUUCGGAGAUGGGCGCUAGCUUAGCUUUGAGGAGAAUCACUUGCUUGGCUUCGUCCAAAGGUUAAAAAACACACCUCAGUAAUGGUUUUAAUACACAUAUAAGAUAUUUAGUUUGUUUAAAUAAUAAAAAAAAACAAUGUUUAAUUAGAAGAUAUCAAUUAAUGAGGUGUUGUGGAGCUGUUGUUCACUGUUUCUCCGUUUUUUUAGCCUUUAUGCUAAAACUGAAGCUUCAUAUUGGGCACAAAGACAUAGAACUUUGACCCAUUUAGGGCAAAAGAACGUCAAAUUGGCAUCAAAAUUGAUGUGGAAGUCUUAAGAAAUUUCAUUAAAUUAAAUACAACAGUGAAAUAUUUUUUCAAGAAAACAUGAGAUGAAGUAAAGAGCCUCUAACAGACUGUUCAGUUCUACUAUCAAUAUCUCUUUAUCCUAACCCGACUCCGGCCCCUGGCCCCCCCCCCUCACACCUACAGGUGAGACCAAAGACUGACGGUGAAAAAGUUGUGUUCUUGAAAACAUUUUGAGAGGAGCUCCAAAUCUUUUCUUAUUUUUUUUCCCGAACCUUGUCGUCGACAGAACUUUUUCUUGGCGCGGCUUCUGGGUGACGAGGCAGGUGCAAUAUGCCGAGGCAGGACUGUGCUACUGCACUUAACCUAUACUAGCCAAAGACCCUGUUGAUUUAUACUGAUUCUGUGUAUGAUUCAUAUGGUAAUAUUAUGAAUGUCGUGUUUUAUUUUGUUUUCACGAGGGUUUGUACAGUUUGUGUGUCUGUGUCAUAACUGAGAGUUUCAAGCCGAGCGAGGUUUGAUGAUGUGAAACAUUUGGAGAGAAAGAGCUUUUAUUGUUUUGUUGACAUGUUCACGUGCCUUGUUGGAUAGCAAUACGACAGAUGUGUGUGGAAAUAAAAGAAAUAUACCUCCUGGACAGAGUCGAGUCGUGGGCUGGAGACGGUCGUCCGGCUAGGUUUCCCAGCAGCCCCUGCAGGUUGCUUUCCCUGCGUGUAUAAGCUUUAUUCAAACCAAACCCAAAGUUUGUCUGUUGAUUUACAGUUGCACUCCUAUUAUCAGUCCUGACUUACUGUACGCACCAAACCAAUGUAUAAUUACAGCACACUAAAAAUAAGAUACUACAGAUUGAAAAAAAUAAAUUUCAAAAGUAAAUGCA